UUACUUUACAUUUCAGUGACAGAUUUCAGAUAGCACUCGACACAAUUAUACGAAAUAUUAGAAACAUAAAACAUGGAAGACGAUUAUUCGUUUCAUAAUUUCUUUUCCACCAGGGAUGACUUCUUUUUCGACGACGAUGACAAAGAUGAUGAACCAGAGGAGGUGGAGGUCACAAAGUACACCUAUAAAGAUUACAUGAAGAAGAUUAUGGGCCUGUUUCCAUUGCCAGAGAAGCCAGUGCAUAUGUGUCAUGAUGCGUUUAUCAAAAAAUUACUGGCUCCAUUUGGCCUGCAGAAACUGGACCGUGACCGUAAGCUCAAUUACGAGCAAACAGAUCCUUUUGAAUUUACCUUUGAGAGUGCGAACGAGGACUUUCUGGCCAAUCUAUAUGCCACGAACUACAAGGCUCGGGCCACUAUGUAUAUGGCCAGGGCCACUUUCUUGGCCAGACAAUCCACUGAUCAGCGUAGUAGGUCAGUUCUUAGCGUGGAUCAGCGGAAAUCGGCCUUCAAAACGGCUCAAAUGUUCAAGACCCGGUUCCGUAAUUUGAUAUCAGAUUUCCGUAAUGUUUGCGUCAUUUAUCAGCUGGUCCAGCUCCAGGAAAUCCUGAAUGUAAUGAGGGAGCAUCCCCCCGAAGGAACUGAUCCAAAUAACACAAUUUUCGUGUGGUGUUACAAGGAAAAUUUGAAGCGAUUCCAGGAACAAAGUGCCACAGUAUAUAUAGAUAUUUUAGAGGAAAAUAAGUCACAGACCACACUGGAUGAUCUUAAGUUUUAUGUCGACCUAACUGAGAUAAUUCGUCUGGUACGAAUACUGCACCGGGAUGUGGUCAAGGAAAAGGAUCUAUGUGCCGUCCAUGGUUUUAUGGAGCAUCUUACAGACACUACCAUGGAUAUUGAUAAGAUAAUUGGUUUGCCAUAUGAGACUGUAAUGGCGGAACAUGAUGCUUUGGUUGAGGAAAAUCAGAAUAAACAAGGAAAGUUUCAAAAUCCAGGUUUGAAGGCCAAGCAGCUGGCCUUAAAAAAAGAGCGUUUUCAAAGCGAUUACAUCAUGCCUGUGGAAACUCGAUAUAGAAUAAAUUGGACGUACGACAAGAAGGAACAAUUUCAGUUCAAAGAUGACUUACAUUGUAAGGUUUACACCGAUGAGUUGCAAAGAUUGGCCGAUUUAACCGAAAAGGAUAUGAGAGUGCGUCAGAGUGUCACUUAUGAAUACCUCUACCUGAUCGAGUUCUAUAAGAAGCGCAUCAAUCAGGUCCAACAGGCCUACGACGAGGACAUGGAGUCAGCAGAGAAUAUGGUGCAGACCACACGCAAUCGCGUCAACAAAUGCAAGGAGGACCUCAAACUGGCCAUUGAUAAGGUGGAGAUGUUUAGGCGAAAAACCAAAGAGGUGCGCGAUAAGAUAGCUGAAGAAAAGGAGGCAGAGAGGGCUCGAUUGUCAGCGGCUCGUCCAUCCAAAAGACCAUCUCAGCAAGUCCAAGUCAAGGAGAAGGGCAAAAAGAAGAAAAAGAAGUGAAAGAUUCAUACUUUUUAAGUACUUUGAUAUCUUUUUACUCACGAUUCAUAAAAUUUUUAAAUUUUUGAAGUGAUCCUUUAAGGACUAAAGGCAAGUGUGAAUCAAAUAUGAAUCACUAAAACUGUCUUUUAAAAAGACUAUUUGGAUAAUAAGCAAAUACAUGUGUUAAUAAUGAGAAAUAAAGAAGUUUAUCUUAACUAAAAUAUUA